AUGCUACCUUCUUUCUCAACAUCUACAGAGGAGUUUUCUUCUUCUCAAGCCUUUGAGACUUUUAUACCUGCAGUUCCUACUUUGCCAGCUUUAUGUGAAGCUCAGUUGGAAGCUUUACUCCCUCAUAUACCAUCAUCUAGUUCUUCUGAGGUUGUUCUCGACCCAAAUAGUUCCUCCAGGUCUAAUGAUUCAAAUCAUGCUAAUGAUCAUCCUAUGGAAACUCGAGCAAAGUCUGGUAUUAGCAAACACAAGGAUUUCUCAGAUUAUCAUUGUUUUAGUUCGACUUUUCUACCCCCUUCCGAACUAGAUGAACUUGCCAGUUAUAAGAUAGCUUCUUACUCCUCAGAAUGGACAAAAGCUAUGCAAGAGGAGAUUGCAGCUUUACAUAUGCAAGGCACAUGGGUUUUAGUUCCACCUCCUUUGCAUAAAAAUGUGGUUGGUAGUAAAUGGAUCUACAAGAUCAAACAAAAUUCUGAUGGCACCAUUUCCAUAUAUAAAGCAAGGCUCGUAGCUCAGGGCACAUGGUUUUGA